CUGGAGUUUUACAGUUUGUAGUCAGUCUCCUGUCUCUGAGCCAUUUUUUGUGCACUGGUGGACUCACACUCUCAACUAUCAACAUGGUCGAUGCUUUCUGUGCCACCUGGAAACUCAUAGACAGCCAGAACUUUGAUGAAUACAUGAAAGCACUGGGUGUUGGCUUUGCAACAAGGCAAGUAGGAAAUGUCACCAAACCCACAAUCGUCAUCAGCCAUGAAGGAGAUAAGGUCAUCAUUAAAACGCUGAGCACUUUCAAGAACACCGAGAUCUCCUUCACACUGGGAGAGGAGUUUGACGAAACCACUGCAGAUGACAGGAAUGUAAAGUCCACAGUAACCUUGGACGGAGACAAACUUGUGCAUGUGCAGAAAUGGGACGGAAAAGAAACCAAGUUUGUCCGAGAAAUCAAGGACGACAAAAUGAUCAUGACUUUGACCUUCGAGGACGUCCAGGCCGUUCGCACAUACGAAAAGGCAUAACGAUACAACCCGAGGACGCUUCAGUCUACUCCUGACAACUUGACAAUGUCCGAGCAGCGUUACGUUUUCUCAGUAUAAACCUAGACUGUCCCAUUCUAGUCAUGGGGCAGGGUUUUUUUUUUUUUUUUUUUUUUUUUGGUUUGUUUGUUUUUUUUUCAAACCGCUUUUUAUAUGAAACGUAUGAGUGAUGGAGUCCUGAUCGUUGAACAUUUGUGUAAAACUGACUCGAAUAUAAACUCGACUGAAUUAA